AUGCUAUCUGAUAUAGAUGCAGAAGUAAUAUUUCAAAAUAAAUCUUAUGGGGAAUUCAGGCUGGUUUAAUAUGAUUUAAGACUUAAAAAAAAUGAUGUUGAUGGGAAAAAUUAUAGAGAAUGGAAUGAAUAUAUUGUUCCUUACUCAAAAUGUGAAAUUGACAGAAAUUUCAUUUAUCCUAAUAAAGAAGAAGCUAAAUAAUACAACUUAACGAAUUUUUAUUGCCCUGACUGGAAAAACUUGACCCUACAAGGGAAUUGGUAUUCAAAAAAUUACAAGUACUUGACUCUAAGCUAUAUAAGAUGCCAAGGCGAAAAUUGUGUAAAUUAAGAAGAAUUCUAAAAGUGGAUAGAUGGUAAAUGGGUUUAACAACUUAUCAUUAGCUCUUACUUUGCUGACAAUAACUAUGAGUAGCCAAUUUAAUACUUUUUAGAUGAUAGUUUUCUAGCUAUUGAGAAGAAUAGGACUAUUUUUAAUAGAAUAAAUUAUUAGAAAAAUUAUUUAGAGUUGAGCGAUAAUAUUGUUACCCUAGACCAAUCAUAUAAGUAAGAUUUCUUCUAUAUGAUGUCUAGCUAAAGGACAUUUUUUUCAUCAGAUACAGCAGGUGGUGGAGAAGGUGUAUUUUUCUCUCAAGAUUUUGUGCUGGACAAGGAGGUGAAUAUUUAUACUAGAAGCGUAUAUUCUCUUAGCGAUUUAGUAAGAGAUAUUGGUGGAAUGUAUAAUGGCUUAUAUUUUAUUGGCUUAUUUCUUUACCAAAGACUUUAAGACACUAUACUAUUCUCAUCUCUUAUAGGUAAACUCUAUUAAGUUGAGAAAAUUUAUCAAGAAAAAUUAACCAAAAAUCAUAACACCUUACUAAGCCACAACAAUCGAAUCUGUAAAGAAAAUGAAAUAAAUAAAAAUUAGAAGGAAGAAUGGAAGAGAAAUGGUCUUGAAGCUAAUUAAAGUAAAGUUUUAUAGUAAAAUUAAGAUCAUCUUAAUAAGUCUAAAUUAAAACAACUAAGCACCUAAAAACCUUAAAAACUGGCAAAUAAGAAGCAUUUAUUAAUUUAAGAUGAUUCAACUUCAGAGGAAGAAAAUUAAUUCUAAUCAGUAAUAAGAAAUGGUAUUGCUGAUGAUAGAAAAGGUGAAUCAUCAGGCUAAAAUAAUAUGAACAAUCCAAGAAAACAACUUCUAGUUUCUGCUUUGAGUAAAUAUUCAACGAAAAGAGAUAUACCAAUAAUAGAUAAAAAGAUUCUCCAUGGUUUAUUAUCAAUUAAAGAGCUAAUUAUUCAAUAGUCUAUUGACGAGAAUGCAGAGAGUCCCCUUUGCACUUCUAAUGAUCUAGAAAAUAGCAUUAGAUUUUCCUAAAAUAAUAUAGAGGAAUAAAAUGAAAAUAUUAACAAAACCAUUUAAAAUACUGAAAUUAGCUAAAUAAAUGAUGAUGAAAUGAAACCUUAUUUAGAAGGAAAGAGGAAAGUAUGGAAGUAAUUUUGA